CAAAAAAUAAUGUCCACUGGAAUUCGAUUAUGUCAUGAUAUUGCCUGCCCCCGCGCCCCCAGUCACGGCAGGAGGGAAGCGCAACCCUAGCCUUUCUUUACUCUAGAGACAGGAGGCGCUAUGCCGCGAUGGUGGCGGAGAAAGCAUGGGAGCCAGGCUCUUGCUCUCCGGACGUCCACGUGCCCAAGUCGAGGCGGCGCCCAGACCCGGAAGCAGGGCCGUCACGUGGGGCAGCGUGGGCCGCUGCCUUGGAAACGCAGAACGCGCGCUCCAGGUAAAAGUUGCUGCGCCCAGGACAGGGUUCUAACCGUGGAGGAAAGGACUGCUCCGGGACACCACGCUGUGCGCCGGAAAGCUGGGCAGAAAGCUGGGCGGAAAGCUGGGCGGCUUCGCAGCCAGAGCAGCGCCUCUGCGGCGCAGGCGGCGGGCCGGGGCAGCCUUGAAGCCGGGAUCCGGCCCGAAGGGUCAGCACCAGCUCGCCUCCGGUGGGCGCCGCCUUCGAUGUCAUUCAAUGUCAAGUUCCAGGGCAGUAGCUUGGACCCGUUUGGCGAGCGCGGAGUGAGUGGCGCAGGAGGAGCUCCCCUAGGUCCCCAAAGCGUCAUCACGUGGUCUUUUUCCAAGGACAAGGCUGCCUGCAGUCAAGGUCUUUUUGGAGUUCCUGAGCUGAGUGCCCCGGAAGGAUUUCAUGCUGCACAAGAAAAAGCCUUCAGAAAGACAGAAUUGCUUGUGGGCCGUGCGUGUUCCACCCCACCUGGGCCCCAGACCGUGCUGAUCUUCGAUGAGCUCUCGGAUUCCUUGUGCAGAGUGGCCGACUUGGCUGAUUUUGUGAAAAUCGCUCACCCUGAGCCAGCAUUCAGAGAAGCUGCGGAAGAAGCUUGUAGAAGUAUUGGCACCAUGGUGGAGAAGUACGUGCUGUUCCCCUCCCCACCUCCAUGCCAAGUCCUGGGUGAUCCGGUCGCAUGGACUUGAGCCGUAGGCAGUUUUGUCCAUAGCGCUUGUCCCCCGCCCAGCAGGGUGGGAGGUGUGUGUGACCAGGGGUGGCCGGAGGGAGGGCUCAGGACAGGCCAUUGGCUCACCUCGCAGGCGGGCACUGGGCCUCAGGGCUGGUCGUCUGUUCUCUCAGUCAUUUCCUUGUCUGUAAAUGGGGUCAUAAAGUUAACCCUGCCUCAGGGUCCUUGUGACGGUUAAAUGAGAUCAAUGUAAAGGUGUCACUUGAUAAUCUGAGAUGACAGACACCCAGGAUUCUUGUCAUCACCAUUAUCACUUACCUUAAAUAAGGGCUUUUUAGUGUCCUAGUGGCAAAUUGGACUUACUAGAUUAUCGCUGGAUGAAAUUGCUGUUGCAUCGAUGGCUGUGGGCCACAGGGCGAGAAGCCAAAAUGCUCUAUAAACAGUGUCCUUGUAGCCCCCGUGGAGUUGGAAUUAGGGGAGGCCUCCUGUAAAAGUCUGUGGGAGAGCUGGAGCAGGCUCUGGCUGAGGCUGUGAUGGAGUGAAUUAUUUUAAAGUGAUUUUGGGGUAAAUGUAAAUGUUUUUAAGCCACUUAUGAGAGCUCCAUAGUGCUUGUUAAAAUAACUGAAUGGUGGACAGCGCUGUAUUCCAACACACUUAGCUGCAUGGCACCAUGCCAGGCAGUGUAUAGAGCGAGGCCUGGGCUCGCCAGCAUGGAUUUACAACAGGGAAAAGGGGGUAACACGAUAAGACGAUUUCCUAUAUCAGAAAUUGUUGGAGGAGGAGAGUGAUGGCUUUUCUGGUUAGACGAGGCUUCCUUGGAAGACCCAAUGCUUCAGGAUGUGCAGCUGCUGCUUUUCCCCAGGUCGCCAACAUUUGUUCACCUUGGCACAAUCGUGUGUGACUUUCCCAUAGCCGCUGAAAACCAACUUGCGUAAUGGGAUAGAACUGGGCCCUGCAGAGUGCAGGCACUGGGCAUGCUGACAGGGCUGAAAGUGAGGACUCCCUGGGAGAAAGCUUUGCCUCUCGGGGAAAGGCCCCUGGAAAGGAGUCAGCAGUGGGCUGCCUGCUCGAGGCGCUCUGCACGCUGUGUCCUGCCGAAUUAGACAUGGGCUGGUCUCAUGGACAAGCACUCUUCAUUUUGUGGGAGGACAAAUACAGACUGAAAUAUGGGCUUUAUCUCAGGGUCUUCCAACAUAAAACAUACUGGGAGAUUUCCUUAAACCUCUGCAGUGAGGGCAGUGCGGGCAGCCUCUGAGCUGCUAUUCCUUUGCCAUGGAAUGGCUCCGUGGGUGAGCAGGUUAGGAGGAGGUAGGCCUCCACACUCACUCUCUCCCUGACUUCUGGGAUCCAUGUGUGGGAGUCUGGCCCUUCUUGCUGAGUGUUUUUAGAUGAGUAAUGACUACCUCUGUUUCACUAGUAUUUGGGAAGGCCCAUGUGAAUGGUAACAGAAACCCUUCGAUUGAUGUGAAUCUUCAGUGUUUUUAUUGUGAACCAGCUGAGGAACAGGAGUAUCCUUGAGUCUCUGAGUAGGAACUGGUGGGUGGUUCUUAUAAGAAAGAGAUGAACCUGAACUAUAAGGAAGCUUAUAAUAGAGUUAUUUUCUAUUACUUUUUCCUCAUCUAGUUUUCUUUUGACAUUUUAGACCAUUAGGACACCUUGACCAAGCUCUAGGGGAAAGCGGGGAGAGAGGAAAAAGAAAAUAAUAAAGCCUCUUGAUACAGACUAUGUUUGAAGUUUCAUUCCUCAAACAUGUGAACUUGUGCAGGCAAUACAGCAAGAGAGACACGGGAAUGAUAAAGAAGGAUAAGAUGUGAAAGAUACAGUCUAACUGCUAAUAUUGUUUCGUGUAUGUACCUUUUAAUAAGAGUAAAGCUUCCCGGCUAAGUUGGGUUGGGGCUCUUGAUGGUGGAAUCUCAGAUAUCAGCUAGUACAAGAGAAAGUGGAGCCAGGGGUGGGUGGGCUGGGAAUGGCAUUCAACCAGGCUGGGGACUUGCUGGAAAGGCAAAUUCUCAGGCUGUAUUCCAGGACUACUCGGGAUUGGUCCCAGUGCUGUUUUAACCAACCCUCCAGGUGAUUCUGAGCACUCGCUAGUUGGAGAACCACUGGGUUAGGGAGCUAAGGUCUCUCAAGUCUGCUUGAGAAGGGCUGCCACAACCACCAGUGAAGGAGAUGGGUUGAGUGAUUGCCCAGGGGCACUUGGCUGGUACCAGGAAGGGUGUGGAUUUGAGUCCAAGCCUUCCAAUUCUAAGUCCAGGGACUUUUAUACUCUGCCAAAUAAUACUAGAAACAAACAAAAUCUCCUGUCUCCCCUGACCUUUUAAAUUUAACAUGUGAAUUCACUUAACUCCAUAAAAACAAUAAACUACACUUGGGUCUUUAAUAUAUAAAACAGAACAAACUGUUUAACACCGUGAGAAGAUUCAGCUCCCUCACUUGAGCUAAUAUUGUUAAUUUAGUUUUGUUGAGGGAAUUAGCCACCUCUUGCUUUGAUGGAUUCUCUUCUUUCUACCCUACCCUGCCCAGCAUGAGGAAUAAUCUCUAGUCCUGCAGUGGUGUAUAGCUCUGUCUGUUCUGUGCUCUUCUGUCUAUUCUGGGAUGAGACUGGACUUUCUUGUCUUUUGUUCAGGCAGGAGCAAUGGCAUUGAAAAGUUGAAAGAAAAAUAAAGUCAGCAGGGGAUAGACUUUUGAGAUUCUAGCUUUUGAAGCCAAACAGAUUGAUCUAAGGAAUUCAGUCUUUUUCUGAUUCUUUGUAUUGUUAACAUCGUCUUUGCCUGCAUGUUGAGUGACUUCUGGCCACCGAGGGGCAGCACUUCAGCCUAUGGCCAUGUGGGAGGCAUUUUCUUCCUUUUGGCUGAAGCUUUGGGUAGGAUGGGAGGUAGGGAAGGUGGGGAGUGGGUGGCACAACCCUCUGUCUGUAGCAUUUAACCCACACAGUGGGCUUGGUGACAUCCUAGUGACUUGAUGUAUUCCACCCCUAGAAUCCAACCUUUCGUGUCAUUAUGGCCAGACAUUAUACACUCAGGGCAUAAAUAUGCUGCACAUAGAAGCUAUAGGGAAACGAUACUGGGGAGAUCCAUUCCGUAAUAAUUGUGACUUGACCAGUUAGAAAUAUUACCCAGGGACAAGCAUUCUUAGAAAUGUUUGACCAUUAAGGUUCUUAAACCAUUAAGAACCACCACUUUUUCUUAAAGUUCUUUCCCACCAGUAUAUAUUUUAACACAUCUUUUAAAUUCCCAUAGUAAGUGCUAAUUCCCUAGUUACCAACUUACUUUAGAAUCUAGUUAUUCUGCCUGUCUAGGCUCAUGCCCAUCUAGAGCUGCAUGCUUUCAUGUGGUAGCCACUAGCCACAUGUGGCUAUUUAAGUUUGAAUUAAUUAAAAUUAAGUACAAUUUAAAGUUCAGUUCUUGGGCCACACUAGCCACAUUUCAAGUACUCAGUAGUUCGAUGUGGCUAGUGGCUGGACAGUGCAGGUGUGUAAUAUUCCCAUCAUUUGAACACACCGCCCUAGAACUCUGAAGACUACAUAAUGUAGAAAUAAAUAUUUAAUAUAGGUGCUGGUUAGGAUAGGUUUGAUAGGAGCAAAGGACACGAGAAGACACUAUAAAUUGUAAGAGAGGUAUACGUAGUGGGUGGGAAUAGCUGAAAUUUGCCAAAUUUAUCAAAUUUGCUGACCCAUUUGAAAGGUGUGGCUUAAAGAUGUACUUUUCACUCAUGACCAGCUCAGUUGAGUUGGGGAGGUUCUGCCUUUCACCAUGGACUCCAAGUUCUUCAUUUGGGCUGGGCAUGGUGGCUCAUGCCUGUAAUCCAGCACUUUGGGAGGCCAAGACAGGCAGAUCACUUGAGCCCAGGAGUUCAAGGCCAGCUUAGGCAACAUGGUGAAACCUCCUCUUUACAAAAAAUACAAACAUUAGCCGGGAGUGGUGGCAUGCGACUGUAGUGUCAGCUACUUGGGAGGCUGAGGUGGGAGGAUAGCUUGAACCUGGGAGGUCAAGGUUGCAGUGAGCUGUGAUCAUGCUACAGCAUUCCAGCCUGGGUGACAAAGUGAUACUUCGUCUCGAAAAAUAAAUAAAUAAGUUAAAGUCCUUUUUUGAUACUCUGCAUCCUGACAGCUAAUGAUAACAGACAUAGAGUGUGGAUGAUAAUUCUGUAGGACAUCAAUUUUGCCCACAUUUUAUUGGGCAGAACUCCUUACAUAGCCUCACUUAGAUUAGAAAAAGUAAAAAAAAAAAAAAAAAAAAAAAAA